AACAUUAGCUAGUUAGCUGGUUACGCACUAGCGUGUCCUCCCACCUAAAAUAAUACUACAGACUACUCGGUCAAAUAAUAUACAUUGAUUAUACACAUGUUUGGAUACCUGUGCUUUUCGUUAUAGUUAGGCAGUUCGCUAGCUAGCUAACGUUAUAUUCCAAAAAUAUUCAAUUGUCUGCGUUGGAAGAGGUAGACAGACGAGCUGUGUGGGAGGAGGCCAUAACCAGGACGAGAGCGAAGUCGGAGAGGCCGCUUGACACCCGAGGGGAGGGCAUCGAAACGCCAGCCGCAGCCCGGCCUGAGACACGGGUAGCAGGAUAGGGAAGCAGAGCGGAGAGGCCGCCGCCACAGCGGGGCCGGCGGACAAGAUGGCGGGCAGCCCUGAGAAGAGUGUCUCAGCGCAGGAGUGGAAGGAGCAGGGCAACCGCCUCUUCCUCAGCCGCAAGUACCAGGAGUCGGCCGCCUGUUACAGCAAAGCCAUCCGAAACCCCUCAGUGUCUGUGUACUACACCAACCGGGCACUGUGCCACGUGAAGCUGCAGCAACACGACAAGGCCCUGGCCGACUGCAAGCAGGCACUGGAGCUGGACCCCCAGUCAGUCAAGGCCCUCUUCUUCCUGGGUCAGUGUCACCUGGAGAUGGAGAACUACGACGAAGCCAUCGGCAACCUGCAGAGAGCAUAUAACCUGGCGAAAGAGCAGCGGUUGAACUUUGGCGACGACAUUCCCAGUGCCCUCCGGAUAGCCAAGAAGAAGCGCUGGAACAGCAUCGAGGAGAAGCGCAUUAACCAGGAGAACGAGCUGCACGCCUAUCUCACCAAACUCAUCCUGGCAGAGAAGGAGAGGGAACUGGAUGACAGCAGAGAGGAACAAGACGCCAAGUCGGAGGAAUGCAGAAGCCGACACGACCUCACUAAGUUCCCCUCCAAACAUGACAAGCACCUGUCAGACAUGGAGGAGCUCUUCUCUCAGCUGGAUGAGAAGAGGAAGAAGAGGGAGAUCCCAGACUACCUGUGUGGAAAGAUCAGCUUUGAGUUGAUGAGGGAGCCCUGCAUUACACCCAGUGGGAUCACUUACGACCGCAAAGACAUCGAGGAGCACCUACAGCGAGUGGGCCAUUUUGACCCGGUGACACGCAGCCCUCUGACUCAAGACCAGCUGAUCCCUAAUCUGGCCAUGAAAGAGGUCAUCGAUGCUUUCAUCAUGGAGAAUGGAUGGGUGGAGGACUACUGAAGGAGGGAGGGAGGGAGAGAGGGGGAGUUGGAAUCAUUCCAAAAGAAGAACCAGACAUAAAAAGAUGACAACAAACCAAACAAGUAUGAUCUGCACUUUAAAGCUGAGGCCACACCACAGACUGACAUACCUUCACUAGGACUGAGACUACACCACAGACUGACAUACCUUCACUAGGACUGAGACUACACCACAGACUGACAUACCUUCACUAGGACUGAGACUACACCACAGACUGACAUACCUUCACUAGGACUGAGACUACACCACAGACUGACAUACCUUCACUAGGACUGAGACUACACCACAGACUGACAUACCUUCACUAGGACUGAGACUACACCACAGACUGACAUACCUUCACUAGGACUGAGACUACACCACAGACUGACAUACCUUCACUAGGACUGAGGCCACACCACAGACUGACAUACCUUCACUAGGACUGAGACUACACCACAGACUGACAUACCUUCACUAGGACUGAGACUACACCACAGACUGACAUACCUUCACUAGGACUGAGGCCACACCACAGACUGACAUACCUUCACUAGGACUGAGACCACACCACAGACUGACAUACCUUCACUAGGACUGAGGCCACACCACAGACUGACAUACCUUCACUAGGACUGAGACUACACCACAGACUGACAUACCUUCACUAGGACUGAGACUACACCACAGACUGACAUACCUUCACUAGGACUGAGACUACACCACAGACUGACAUACCUUCACUAGGACUGAGACUACACCACAGACUGACAUACCUUCACUAGGACUGAGACUACACCACAGACUGACAUACCUUCACUAGGACUGAGGCCACACCACAGACUGACAUACCUUCACUAGGACUGAGGCUACACCACAGACUGACAUACCUUCACUAGGACUGAGACUACACCACAGACUGACAUACCUUCACUAGGACUGAGACUACACCACAGACUGACAUACCUUCACUAGGACUGAGACUACACCACAGACUUACAUACCUUCACUAGGACUGAGACUACACCACAGACCUACAUACCUUCACUAGGACUGAGACUACACCACAGACUUACAUACCUUCACUAGGACUGAGACUAUACCACAGACUGACAUACCUUCACUAGGACUGAGACUACACCACAGACUUACAUACCUUCACUAGGACUGAGACUACACCACAGACUUACAUACCUUCACUAGGACUGAGACUACACCACAGACUUACAUACCUUCACAAGGACUGAGACUACACCACAGACCUACAUACCUUCACUAGGACUGAGACUACACCAGACUGACAUACCUUCACUAAGACUGAGACUACACCACAGACUUACAUACCUUCACUAGGACUGAGACUACACCACAUACUGACAUACCUUCACUAGGACUGAGACUACACCACAGACUGAUACUAGGACUGAGACUACACUACAGACUUACAUACCUUCACUAGGACUGAGACUACACCACAUACUGACAUACCUUCACUAAGACUGAGACUACACCACAGACUGAUACUAGGACUGAGACUACACUACAGACUGACAUACCUUCACUAGGACUGAGACUACACCACAGACUGACACUAGGACUGAGACUACACCACAGACUGAUACUAGGACUGAGACUACACUACAGACUGACAUACCUUCACUAGGACUGAGACUACACCACAGACUGAUACUAGGACUGCCAUUAAAUCUCCUGUUGAUCUAUACAUCUCUUUCUGUUUCCAUUCUUGUCCCCCCAUUUAUUUUAUUGGUUCUCUCAGCUGCUCAUACUAGUCAGACCCAACAAUCAGGACACGCUAGCAAACAUUGCACCAAAUCAGAGCACAUCAUCCAACAACAGAACCCAAUCAGAAUAUAGUACCCAACACCUUGGGCCAAUCGCUUGAACGUUACUCUCAGAACAACCAAUCAUAUUGCAGACUCCUAAACCCAAUCACAUCCUAGACCUCGAGUCUACAAGUGCAGCGAUUGACCAAUCAGGGCUAAAUGUACUCUACUUGUGGUGAUGCUCCACAACUUGUCUUCUAUUUUAAAUCUCCUUUUCUACGGGGAAGAGGACUGUCUGAGGCACCGCCAUGUUUUCGCCACUCUCCAUUGUAGUCCUCUUGAGUGGCUUGUAGAUGGUCCAAUGUAGUCCUCUUGAGUGGCUUGUAGAUGGUCCAAUGUAGUCCUCUUGAGUGAUGGGCCAAUUUUAACCCAACCUGAUCUCUUACCACCACAAUGCAGCACUUCUCUAUAUCCUCUUGGAGGGCUGAAAAGACUGUAUAAGCACGAGUUGUAUAAUAUAGAAAGAAACCCAAGCCCUCAUCUUCAGUGUUUUGCAGUAUGUAGGGAAGCACUAUGUGUAAUCAAUAUGAUGGAAGGGUCCGGGAAGAGCAUUCAAGGCUUUGGGCAAAGGGUUGUUUUUUGACCAAGGACGUCUCUAAUUUUGGCGAGCUGAGUUUCCACCAUUUUGUUGCCUCUCAUCUGGCUCAUACAGAGCUGAGCGUUAAUGAAUGGGGAAGUGCGUAGCAGUAGGGGUCAGGGUUGGGGUCAAUUCUAUUUCAAUUCCAGUCAAUUAAUUAAACCCAAUUCCAAAUGUUCUUUAAAAAGAUUGGUUUAAAAUUGUGUGAGUCACAGGUGUGUUUUUGACGGCUGUGUUUAAUUGUAAUGUGUUUUCUCUGGUUUACAUGUCACUGAAUGUUUGCAGGUGGUGUCCUGUCUGUGCCUCAAGUGGAGUUUGAAGUAGAAUAUGGAAGUCAGUCAUCUGAUUGGCUUUGAGAAGGGCUGUCUUCUCCUCAGUAUAACUUACUGCUCGGGGUCUCUUUUGUUUGAAUGAUUCCACGCUUAGAGCCUUAGUCCAAUGGCUGCAAAGCAUGGUUGGGGUCGAUUACAUUUUUCAAUUGUCGGUUUUAGAAUGCAAAUUCAUAAAUUAAAAUAUCCUGAUUUUUUUUUUUUUAAGUCAUUUUCAAUUCGACCCCUCAACCCUGCUGCAAACAGUUUCCUCUUCUCAUUUCAGAAAUCAUAUGACCCUGUUUGACUUACCAACUGAAAAGAAUUGAAUGUGAAAUGAACCUGUAUAUUCCUACCCUCUGCUGGAUAUGAGGAUGCACAGUUAUGUUGUGUUAGUCAGUCGUUGAGUAUCAAUAUUAUGUGUACAUGUAGGGGUGUGUUUAUGUGGGAUAGGGGUGUGGACAUACUCCUCUCCCCCUAGGCCCCGAUUCCUCCUAAGAGGGGGGUGGGAACUUGGGUACAGUCCAGUUUCUCUGGAGCCUCAUUGGGACUGUGAAUGUUCUUUAUUUCACUGUUGUGCUGUUGUCUACAAGUGUUCCAAUAAAGGCUACAACUUA